UACGAUAGUAAAUGUAACUUCAUCAGUCUCUAUGUAUAUCGAUACAGUGUUAGCUCCAAUUGCCCGCAAUUUCAGAGAAAGUUUAAAUUUUGAUAUGACGAUGGAUAAUUUUAAAAGUACUGACAUUACUUAUACACAGCUUGUAUUUUCGGAUAUAGAAUUUAUUUCCAACAAUAUAUCUAAAGAAUACGUCUUCGGUAUAAUUGCCAAAGCAAUUGAAUGCGGCGAUAUUACUGCUGGUGAUGUAUUAAAUCUGUGGGUGAAAAAGUUGCAAACGGUUUAUAGUUAUGAAAAUUUUUGUCGGACUGAUUGGGGAUUUUUAACGCUUUGCUGCCAAGUUUACUUCGAAAAAAUGGCUCUUAAUGGGACAUGUGUUAAUGAUAGAACUUAUAACCAACUUACUUGUUGGCUGAAUGAAUCUUCGGAAUUUCUCAAAUCUAUUCAUAUUAGUGAUCACAAAUUUAAUGUAACUGGAAUUUGUCUAUUUUUUGACCUUAUUUUGGAUUCAACCCAAAAAUCAUGCCGAUUUUUUGAAAUAAAUUCCAAAGAAUCUAAUUUGACAUCUCAAAUAGAAUGGAUAAAUUUCCUGCAUAACGUAUCACAUAAGCUAUUAUGGGAUUGUCUUGAAAUUCAUGGACAAAUAAGUGACGAGGAAUAUUGCGAUAUUAAAGGAUUAUGUUUAGGUGUGUCGAAUGAUAAAUUUAUAAAAAUUAAAACCAAGGUGGAAGCUUGGAAAUUUGUUGCGAAAUUUACUUUGAAAUAUGGUGCUUUCGCAAAAAGUUAUAAGCAUCUUGAAGAAAAAUCGCCUAUUCGUAUUUUAUUACGACAUGCGGAAAGGAGUUUAGUGAUGAUUUAUGAAAAGGAACUUGGAGAGGAUGAUAAAUAUGUGGAUCAGUACUUGCGAAUUACUGCAUUUUAUUUAGAAAUUUUAUACCGAAUUACGACCGUUUUUAAGCACUCGGAAUUUCCUGAAGUAAAAAAUUUUUUUGAUGUUUUAGUCCUUUCCAUGUCGGCGCCUAGUUGUCUUCGAGGGAGCAACAUUUUCACUUGCACUAAGAAAUAUGUCUUGACUGGUUUAUCUAAUAUACUAUUAUUGGUAUAUAAAAAUAAUGAACUUCAAAAGUUGAUAUCAAAUUAUAUUGGAGGAAGAGACUAUUCCUACGAGUUCAUUCUAACAUACCUUCGUUGUUACAUCUCCAAUAAAAAAGAUGAUUACUUUGUAAGCAGUGCCGAACUGAUUAUCCAAAUUUUGAAACGCUUAUUUCAAAGACUAGACAUAUUCGUGAAUGCAGUUCGGUUUGAUGAAAUAAUAGAUGUGUAUGCCACUUUGACUCUGUUGGAUUCUUCCGGGACUUUGUUAGGCAACAUGCAGCAAUAUGUUAUAAAAGGAAACUCAGCGUUAUCCUUUGCAUGCACUAAGUUGCUGAUAUUAGUAUCAAGCUGUAAAGACGGUCGAGCUGAUGAGCUCAAAGAUGGACUUCAGUUCUGGGUGGAAACAAAUAAUCGUUUCGCUCAAUUUUCCUCAAAUUACCGGCGCCUUAAUGUUGAACACCUUAUAGAGCAUUAUAUAAUUUUAUGCUCAGGAUUAAAUUUGGAAGAAAAUAUCGAUCAUCAACUUCAUCAUUCGAUUAACUUACAAAAUAAUUACAACAUACUUCGUUGCAUAAACAAUGGAAGCAAUACAUCGGAUACAAACCUGUUGAACUCGAAAGCUAUCAGCAAACUUAGCAGAUUGAUAGAAAUUCUUGAUCGCCAUGCGAUGAGUUUAAAGGACUAUUAUAAACUUGUUGCGCACAUGUACAAGCUUGUGAAAUAUAAAGCGGAAGUCUCUGAUUGCUUACAGCAGAAAAUUGCGGAGCUACUUACAAAAGUUUGUAAGCCUUGCUUGAUAAAUGCGAAACCAUCUUUCAAAAGGUUGAUGAGUGCUGGAUUAUUACUUAUGGCGAAUAAACAUAUAAAUGAAAAAACGCAGUUAAAAAUUAUUACGUUUAUUAAAGAUAAUAUUCACAAUGGAAUGAACUUUCCGAUGCUGUCGUUUUGGUUAAUUAUCCACAGCUUCCGUAAGCAGAAAGCUUAUUCGAUUGUUCGAAACAUUGCCGAAGCCAUUUACAACGAAGUAGAAAUACCUGAUAUAAUUCAAGUUAGCACAUUUGAAACAGCACUUGAAGCAUCGGUUAAUUCUGCAGGUGAUUUCAAGUUUUACGCCAACAUUGAAAAUAACGGUGGAAGUGCGAUGAGAUUAAGGCCCGCGUAUGUUCAUCAUAAACGCCCACGAAAAGAUAUAGCCUACGACGAAAGUGGAAUCGAAGACACUAUACAAAAUAUCAAUCGAUUGUUACAAAAAAUUACCAUGUUUUCUAAGAAACUAAGGGAAAAUGAAUUUGUAAAAUUAAAAAAAUUAUGUAACGAUAUUGAAGAAAUCACUGAUCAUCACAAUUAAUACCUAAACUAUUAACUUAUUUAAACCUAUGAUGUGUAAAAUUAAUAGUAGAAACUUUAUUAGGACAUAAAAAUAGCAAUUGUUAUAUUUUUCCGUUCUGGGGCAUUAAGGAACUUAUUGUACAUGCGACUUUCCUGCUCCUCCUGGAGUAAAAGGCCUAGAAAAACAGUUGUUAACUAAAAUAUUUUGUGAAAAAAUCUAAAAAACUCACCCGCAAAACUAGCAGAUACAAAACACACUAUGCUGCCAACCACAAAUGCGCGCAUGGCAACCGAAGUUAUCACAUAUCUCCUAUUUGGUGCCAUAGCGCUGAGGGUUCCAAUGAGUAUGCCCAGGGCACUCGGAUUUGCAAAGCCGCAAAUUGCAAAUGUUGUUAUGCUUAUGCUGCGAGCCUAUAAAAUUAAAAUGAAGUCACAGGUGUUCUUAUAUGGUGUUUUUGUUUGUGAGCUGUAAUUAUUACUUCCAGUUCUCCACUUUUGAUGUAUUCGCCCAAACGCUCAUAAGCCACAAAUUCAUUUAUGAUUGACUUAGUGGCGAUAAUUUGUGCUACAAUAUUACAGUCCUUAUAGGGCACACCCAUCGUCCACACCAGUGGUAUAAAAAGUUUUGAAAAUAUCCAUUCAAAAUCUAUGUCUUCCAACCCAACUAAAAAACAUAGCCAGUUAACGACGCCAUUUAGGAAUGCUACAAACGCAACAAAAGCGACGAUAUUGGCAGUUAUUCCUGCCACGAUUGGUAUGGCAUUAUUGGCUCCGUUCGACGCUGCGUCCAGUAGUGAAGAGUCUUCUCUGUAUUGUUGUACAUGAAAUGAAAUAGACAUAUCAGCCUUAAUGGAAUUAUGAAAUAUAAAUGAACAUACAUAAGAGUAUAAGAAUAAUAUAUGUAAAUUUGUAAGAACAAGCGAGAUAAUGGCAAUAAGAAAUAAAGAUAAAUCGGCUCAUAAUGUCAAUAAUAAUUGAUAUGUGAUAUGAAAAUCGUGUGUGGUUUAAAAAUUUUUAUAAAAUGAGCGUUGUCCGCUGAUAAGCUAUAUUAACGUACGAUUUCUCCAGUUGAAUAUUCUUUGAAGAAGUUUGACUGUCCUCCGUUUCCGGCAUGUAAAGUUUUGAAAAAGCCAAAGCCGCUGGAGCUGCCAUAACGCUUGAAGUUAUUAAAUGAGCUGCCGAAGCCCCAAAGGAUAAAUAUGCUGCCAAUACCGUUCCAGAGACUGUUGCGAAUCCAGAGGCCAUAAUUGAAUGCAAUUCACUGGAUGUAAGUUUGUUAAGAUAUGGUCUAAUAAGCAUUGGACUCUCUGACAUGCCGAGAAAUAUAUUAGCGGCUGACGUAACACUUUCACAAACAGUUGUACCCAAAAUUUGCUGCAUCAGCCAACCGAGUUUCAUAACUAACCAUUGCAUAACACCCCAAUAGUGUAAAAUUGAAAUAAAGAAACUGAAGAAAAAUAUCACCGGCAAAAUUGCAAAAGCGAAAAUUCCUUCAUCGAUUACUGCAUCUCCAAAUACGAAACGACUACCUUCAUCACUAAACGAAAGAAAAGUGGCUACUUUAUCGCCAAGACAUUCGAAGAUUUUACGUCCAACAUCCCAUUGAAUGCACAGGAUACCCAAAAUAAAUUGGCAUACUAUCCCCGAUAUCACGGUUCGCCAAUUGAUUGCCUUGCGAUUUGAAGAAAAUACGUAACCUGCUAAUAUGAGUAAACAUGGAGCCAACAGCGAUCUCAAUUUAUUUCUAUCAUCCUUGGUUGCAAAAUACAAAAACACUGCCAGCAAAAUUACAAGAACUAUGAGCAUUAUACCGGAUACAAGUCUAAAGUGGAAGAAAAUUAAAUUAACAUGUAAAUUAAUAUGUAUGUAUGAAAACUUUUCAAAUUGUACAAUAGUAUAACUUUGCUGCUAUAAUCACGGGUAUUUCAUGUAUUAUCACAAAGUACUUCAACAUUACCCACAAAACACAUUAACAUAUCAUUAAAGUACUCCAUGGAGGAUCCAGGGUAUAUUACUUUCGUAAAUAAUCUCAAA